AUGUCUCAACUAAUGUCCGAAUGUGAAAUGUGUCAACAAGAAUACACUUUAUUUAGACGGAAAAAAGAAUGUGACUUAUGUGGACAAACAUUUUGUUCAAAAUGCGUUCCAAGGCAGUCAUGUUUUAUUCCAUUUGCUGGUCCACGUAUAUGUACAAUUUGUUUAGUUAUUACUAAUCCGCGUACAACGCACGAUCAAUUAGCAUUGAUUCGUGUAAAACACCUUCGUGCUUAUGUCCUUCAUUCAAAAAUAGCGUCAUUGAAUCGUCUUGAAUCUUGUUUUGAAAAACAAGAUUUGAUUAAUUUAAUUCAACCGAAGAAAAACCAAACAUCCAAUAAUAAUGCAACAACAACAACAUCAAAUGUCAUUCAUCAUCAAGAAGUUCAACGACCACGAACGAACACCAAUGAACAGACAUCGAUACCUAAUGUUAGUUCUUCAGUUUUAACAAAUGAUUCACAACGACAAACUAUUCCAGAAUCUGUUCCUCAAAAACCUGCUUAUAAUCGUGUAACUCUUGAUAUUGUUUCAUCAGUAGAAUCAAUUAACGAUUUAACAGUUCGACAAUUAAAAGAUAUUCUUACACAAAAUUUUGUAACAAUUACUGGAUGUGUUGAAAAGCAAGAAUUAAUAAAUAAAGUUGAACUACUUUAUCGAGAUAAACAACAUCAAUGCGAAUCAAAAGCAACUAAUGAUAGUCAAUCAUCCGAUGAAAACUUAUGUAAAAUAUGUAUGGAUGCCAAUAUCGAUUGUGUCUUUCUCGAUUGUGGUCAUCUUUGUACGUGUGUAAGGUGUGGUAAACAAUUAUCGGAAUGUCCUUUAUGCCGAUCUUAUAUCGUACGUGUCGUGCGUGUUUUCAAAGGCUAA